UACCUGUAACUCAAGGAGGCAAACAUGCCUAAUACUUCUUCCUUCUCCUGUUUUUCUUACAACAGCCACCCUGUGAGGUGGGUUAGGCUGAGAGAGAAUAACUAACUCAAAGUCAUCUAACCAGCUUUCAUACUUAAGGCAGGACUAGAACUCAUGGUCACCCAGUUUUUAACUGGGUGGUACCUUUACCACUACACUAAACUGGUGUACCCCAAUUGCUGCACAGCUAUAGAUUUUCCAUUCCUAUCAGAGCAAACAUUUUCUGAAUGCAGGUCCACCAUUGACUGUGCAAACAGAUGAUGCAGUAAGAGCAAGAGAAAGGAAUGGCUGAUUGCUGCAAUGGGCUUUUGAGGAAAUUUCAUUUAAGAUAGUUUCAAUCUAAGCAAGGCUGCUCUUCAGGAUCAACUGAAGAAGAGCAUAGAGCAGCGGUUCUCAACCUAUGGGUCGCGACCCCAUUUGGGGUCGAUCGACCAUUUUUCGGAGGUCGCCAAAGAAGGCGAUCCGCCAUUUUCUUCCCUCAGGGGGCGCCGCCGCGCAUGUGCGCCGCGCAUGCGCAGAACGUUUGUGUGACGGGGGUCGCCGUCACACAAACGUUGAGAACCACUGGCAUAGAGCCAUGCUGUUGCUUUUCAAUCUUGUUUUCAGCAUCCCAGGAGCUUGCAUCUGACCAGGUGGAACCACAGUGGCAUAGGCAGGCCUUAGUCAAGGCCAUCACAGCUCUUGGUGUGUUCUACGGAGGGAGAAUAUGAUGUGUCUUUCUCAGGAAGCCCACAUUUCUGGUUACUGCUGGAAAUGUCUCCCUUCCAAUUCCUGGUAUACAGAAAAGGAAAACCCAAAGUCUCCUCAUCUGCAUUAUGUGUAACCUCUACUAUGUUUCAGGUUAUAAUUUUAACUUCCCUCAGAAAAAAAUCCCUUGAGGAACUUUUCCCUCGGAGGGAGAUUCUGCUUUUGUGGUACUGCAAGGCUAGCCUAAGUUCUGUUAUAAAUUGGUUUCAUUCUUUUAAUUCUCCCUCCCAGAAGUAAUUCGUGUUUCAGAUUAGGAACGUAGCAAAUUUCAACCAUUUCUCUCCCUCCAGUGUCCAUCUUUAAAGAUUCAUUUAUUGUGAUGCACUGCCCAGAGUUGCUUAAGAUAGACGGCCAUAUACAUCUUUUAAAUAAAUGCUCAGAUGAAAACAACACAUUUGUGUUUACUUAGCUUAAAAUGGAAGUAAGUACAUUGAGAGUAUAUUUCCUAUCUUAGGCCAGUGUGGUAAGCAUUUGAUCAAGGCCCUAGCAGGAAAUAGGAUUACCAGCAGUUGGUGUGCUUUCUAGAUAAUAACUUGGCAGUCAGUAAAAUUUUUGGAAGAAGGAAAAUAUGUUCUUAGUGGAAGCCACUAUCAUAAAAUGAUUCUAACAGCAGAUGGGCUACAGUUUCUAUCUCUCCUGUAUUACGUGGAUAUAAUUGCUCUGGGUCUGCCCUCAAGAAGCCCUUCUCCAAUACACUCAACGUAAAAAGCACUGAGGAAGUAAUUUUUAAAACCCAGUUUAAUUCAGAGACAUGGCAUGCAAGCAGAGUCACUUGAAGAAAACAGGCAAAAAGGAGCUGGAAUGAAAAAGAAAAUAAUGGAAGGCUACUUCUAUGUCAAACUAAAAUGCUGAAAACAGUUUGAGCCAAUCAGUACUUUCUUGCAGCUGGCCAGUAGGAGAAGGGGAAGAAUGGUAUUUCAUUGGGAAUCCCAUAUUCUGAAUGUUGUAAACUGCAUUUGCUCAGUCAUUCCCCAGCAGUUACUAUUGGGGGUGGGGGAGAGUGAAGCCACCCAGGUAGUAUUCCUCUGUUUCAUUAAUAAUGACUGUGAAAAUGAUUCAGCAGCCCCAAUGCUCUGAUGAUUUAAUUUCUAUAAGGGGGUGAGGAGCACUUGGCCUGAGACCAGGAGCUGAGGGAAGAAUGAUUAUUUUCAGGGGGGGAAAUUAUGUAGACAGUUGUAUAAUGUUUCUCCUGAUGGGGCAGGCAGUUUCCCUUCAUUGGGAACAUUCAACUCAUCCUUUCUCGUGGGAUUUCCCCACUUCCUUCUAUGGUCAAAAGCCCACUGCAAGGGAGGCCGAAGCACAGAAGUGAGAUUGUAUAGGGCAGCACAAAAUUGCUGCCAGAGAUUUAAAGGAGAAGGCUGGUGGCUGCAUGGAAAUGGUCCAUGUGAAAUAAACGACAAUGUAAUUUAUAAACAAGAUGGUUUAAUAUAUACAGUAAAUGACAAGUUAUAAAAAAGGAUUUGGUUAAAAGUAUUUCUAUUUCUUUCUAUUUGGUUGCUUCUUCUCAGCUGAUGCUUUUCUUUAAUUAGAUUUCUGGAAGUUCUAGGCUAAAUUUGGAAUAUAAAGGAAAUAGACACUAGGGAAAAAGGUGUGUUCCCAUCAAGCAUAUUUGAGGCUGUUGAGAGACAAAUAUGAACAAUAUUUCCUGAGUCAUGAUCUCAUUUUUGGUAGGCAAACAAGUUGCUGAUAUCUUCAACUAACUAUAGUUUCCAUUGUUUCACAGCUAAGAAGUUAUGAUGAUCGAGUUUGGAAUAAAUCAUUUUCUUAAACCAUUCUUCAAAUGAUCUGAAGAUUCAAUCUUAUUUUCUGAUAAUCUUUGUUUAAUGAGUCAGAUAAUAACAGGAAAUAUUAAUAUUUUCUAAUUUAAUUUUAAUGCUCAAACAAAGAUGGCAUGAUAGAAUUGGAUGAGAUUGCAAGUACUGAAUUAGAAGUUCUGCAACUUGCUCUUUGCUUAUUAAUCAUUUGAAGUUGGAAGCAAAUAGUUAUCUUGCAGAGCCCAACACAGAAGCCAGUUAUUCUAAUAUAGCUAGAGACCCCUUCCUUGGCAUCAAGCAAGCUUCCUGCCUCAGCUAAUCUUUUUAAUUUUUAGAUUGAUUUUAUAACCUAAACAGAAAGUAGGCUCCUAUAAAGCAGAAUGUCAACCUCUUGGGUUAUCUUUCUUUUCACAAAUGCCUCUGGACUCUAUAUUGACUUCAGCAACACACUCAGUAACCAGAAAUAAUGGGUAUAUGGCUGCAACCCAAUGUUUUAUCUGGAAAUAUUUCCACCACACUAUAAAAAAGAUGCAGGCAGCCUGGGUUGGAAGGAGGCAUACUAAGGAAGCAACUUCAGGAGUUUGCUUUGAAAGGAAGGAGGGAGGGAAAUAGUCUCUCUCUCUCUCUCUCUCUCUCUUCCUCCCCCUUCCCCUCCCCUCCCUCUCCCUCUCCCUCUCUAUAUAUGUCUUAAGUGUUUUCUAUAUAUGUCUUAAGUGUUUUCUACGAUGCACCCUGUCAGCCCAAAUAUGGGAAGAAGAAAUCUUUGGCCUGUAUCAGGGAUAUCCCCAGGCAGCAGUCGCUACUGCGACAAUAAUUUUUAUGUUAAAUUUGGAUUGCUAACAAUGAGUUAAAGGGAGACUGGUAUAGCUAUUUCGAGCUACUUAGCUCUCAUCAGCCAGCCAUACCCUUCUGAAAUUCAAACCUUUGCAUAAGCAUAUAUAUUACAAUUAUUAACCAAGCAAAAUUUAAUUCAGGUGUAACAAUCCAAAUUAUUUGCCCUUCCUAUUCCAAUCAUUUUAUGUACAAACUAUAGAGGCAGAACUAAUAUUAGGCAGUUUCUUUCUCUUGCCAGUAUGUUAAUGUUAGGUGUUGACUGGCCAUACCCCUCAAAUAAUAUAGAUGUAGAUAUGAAAAAGUGUCACAGAAUCUUUGAUGGAUUCCAGUACUUAAAGCUUUUUUUUUUUUAAAAAAAAAUUCUUCCCUACAUAAUUCUUUAUAACACUUAGAAAUAAUUGUUGUAAUAAAAUCCAUCCAUGCCAUUGCUACAUCAUGCAAAUAAAUGUUGAGUUUUUCUGAAUCAAGGCACUAAUGGCAUUUCAGAUUGAAAGCUGCAGUUCUGCUCUCCAACACAUUUGCAAAAUGUUCCUUAAUGUCCCUCCAUCAAAGACAAUUGUGAUCAGACUUCGAAACUACCUAGUUGAACAGUCAAUAAAGUAAAAAAAGUGUAAGCCACACCAUGAUUUGAUUUCUGCAAAUAAUCCAUUUCCACAUAUAGUUGAAAGCACUUAGACUACAAUAAAACCCCAAAAUCUAAAAACCAGUUUAUAUUGCCACAAAUUUCUAGCUUGGUGCUUUAAUCACUUCAUCAAACUUGUUCUUUCUUGGUAACUUAGUCUGUUACUGUUCCUACUAUCUGGAAUUAUCUCACCUAGAGAGAGAUUUGUGUCGGUCUUAACCUUCAGGAAAUUAUUGAAGCCUUGGUUGUUUUGUCAAGCCUUUUUGUCUUGCCUUUUUUCUCCUUUUGGUCUGAUUUGUUUUGUUUUGGGAUUUGUAUUUUAGCCAUGUUGGAGUUUUUAGCUGUAAACCACCCAGAGUCAUUUAAGGAUAAAUGCAGAUAUAUUGUUAGUUCCCUCAGUAAUUUAUGCAGUAAAUUCAUCAUUUAUGUCAUAUAAAAUUGUCUCCAAAAUGACUCUGUUCAUAAUACAUAAUUGUUGGUAUGUGAACUGAACAAUAUAUUUAUUUUAAAUUAAAUUGUAGAACUGUGUUUGCUAAUAGGUUCAAGAAUCCAAAGGCAAAAUUCAAAAGCAUUUGUCUUACUUUCCCAAUAUUCAUGCAAAAGAAGAAUGGCCAAGUAAUGCCUUUAAAAAACCUCUUUAUUAAAUUAAAUUUUAUUAAACUUAAAUAUAGUAGUUGACUGAGCCAUCUCUGAACUUCUACAUUUGUUUACUCACUCUCUCUUGUUGCUAGACAAUCUUAACAAAUUACGCUUUUGUUACACAGCUUCAACCCUGAAUAUUUAUCAGUAGCCCUUUUCAAACUGCAGCAUCCUUUAUAUGUUUUUGCCUCUGUCGUAUUUUCUAGUGAAAUGGUGUCAAACAAAGGAAAAUUAUGGCAUUUCCCCAUGGUACUAAGUUCUAAGUCUGACCAUCGUGAUUUGACAUAUUUUGUUGAGGAAAAAUGUUUAGUAUUGACUAAAUGUCUUCCUUGCUUCUGUUGUGCCCUUUGGUUAUUUCAGAUCCACUGUUGCUACCUGGAAAUGUUUGCUUAAAAAAUGUAAGCAGGUGGUCUCAAGGCUGAGACAGGAGAGAUUGGAGAUAUUUACCACCGAGCUUCCAGCUAAAAGACUUAAGGGUGUUAUUUAACUUAAGCAGCAACUGAGCAGAUUAAGAUCAAGUAAGAGGCCUGAGGAUGAGGCAGUUGUUGAUUUGGGAGGCACCAGCAAUGUUGUUAACAUUCAUUAUGAACCAGAGGAGCUGGAAGGGCACAGGACAUUAUAUGUUGGGGUACGGAUGCCUUUGGUUAGACAAGGCCAUAGACAUCACAGAACCCACGGCCCCAAACACAGGAAACGAGAUCGGAUAAAGGAAAGUGUAUUGGAGGAGCAUGAAACUUAUGAUACCCCAUCUCAACGAGUUCACUUUAUCCUUGGUAUGGAAGAAGAUGAGGAGCAUGUCCCCCAUGACUUAUUCACAGAAAUGGAUGAAAUCUGUGUGAAAGAAGGUGAAGAAUCAGAGUGGAAAGAAACAGCAAGAUGGCUGAAAUUUGAGGAAGACGUGGAAGAUGGAGGAGAACGAUGGAGUAAGCCGUACGUGGCCACCCUCUCACUGCACAGUCUCUUUGAACUGAGGAGCUGUAUCAUCAAUGGGAGUAUCCUUCUGGAUAAACCUGUAAACUGCACUGAAGACAUUGCAGAAAUGAUCCUGGAUAGCCAGGAAUCUUGUGAUGAAUCUACACGUAAAAAAUUCUGGGACACCCUCUUGAAAAAACACCAUCAUCAGCAUGAAAAGAGGAGAAACAUCCUUCCAAUUGUCCGUUCUUUUGGAGAAAGUGGCCAGAGAAAGUCUGAUCCUCACUCAAUAGAUAAGACUGGAGUGACUUCACUGUCUCUUCAUCCUGCUUCUAACACACUAGAUGUUAGAAAUGGAUUGACUCAUGAUACUACCCCAACAGACGUGUGCAAAGCAGACCCUCAUUUUAUGAAGAAGAUUCCUGUUGGUGCCGAAGCUGCAAAUGUUUUAAUUGGAGAGGCAGAUUUCUUGAAACAACCUAUUGUUGCCUUCUUACGCUUAUCACCAGCUGUUCUUCUUCCAGGCAUGACUGAGGUUCCACUCCCUACCAGGUUCUUGUUUAUCUUGCUGGGCACAGUAGGGAAAGGACAGCAAUAUCAUGAGAUUGGAAGGUCAAUGGCUACCCUCAUGACUGAUGAGGUUUUCCAUGAUGUUGCUUAUAAAGCCAAGGAUCGAAAUGAUCUUUUAGCUGGCAUUGAUGAGUUUCUAGAUCAGGUGACUGUGCUGCCACCUGGGGAAUGGGACCCAUCAAUCAGAAUUGAGCCACCUAAAAGCGUUCCUUCCCAGAAUAAGAGGAAGAUGCCUGGAGCGCGAAAGUUAUCUAAUGGAAAACUUUGUGAUGAUGAAAUGGAGGAUCACAUGGGGCCGGAGCUCCAGAGAACAGGAAAGCUCUUUGGUGGCUUGAUCUUGGAUAUAAAACGGAAAGCUCCUUGGUACUGGAGCGACUAUAGAGAUGCUUUGAAUUUGAAGUGUUUAGCUUCCUUUCUCUUCCUAUAUUGUGCCAGCAUGUCUCCUGUGAUCACCUUUGGGGGGCUGCUUGGAGAAGCAACAGACGGACACAUAAGUGCUAUGGAAUCCUUGCUUGGAGCUUCGCUCACUGGAGUGGUCUACUCUCUCUUUGCUGGCCAGCCUCUCACCAUCCUGGGAAGUACUGGACCAGUACUGGUUUUUGAGAAAAUUUUAUACAAGUUUUGCAAAGACUAUAAGCUUUCUUAUCUUGCUCUACGAACCUCCAUUGGCCUGUGGACGACAUUCAUGUGCUUCUUGCUUGUGGCCACCGAUGCUAGCUCUCUGAUCUGCUACAUCACUCGGUUUACAGAAGAAGCGUUUGCCUCUCUGAUCUGUCUCAUUUUCAUUUUUGAGGCCAUAGAGAAGCUGUUUAAGCUGGGAAGGACUUACCCAUUUUACAUGGAUAGCAAUCUGGACCAUCUGACCUUGUAUUACUGCAGAUGUACAACUCCUACAAAUCCCACUAAUGAUACCCUGAUCUACUGGGACAACCAAAAGAUUGAUCCUUCAAAAGUUGCCUGGGCUAAUCUCACUGUCUCCCAAUGUCAGGAGAUGCAUGGAGAAUUCAUAGGAUCUACAUGUGGAGACAAAGGACCUCUUACCCCUGAUGUUCUUUUGUGGUGCUUCAUCUUAUUCUUUACAACCUAUAUUUUGUCGAGCACACUGAAGAAAUUUAGGAGCAGUACAUAUUUUCCCACAAAAAUACGCUAUGUGGUAGGUGAUUUUGCUAUUUUUAUAACCAUUGUUGUCAUGGUCCUAAUUGACUACUUCACUGGAAUCCCAUCACCAAAACUGAAUGUCCCAGGUGCCUUCAAGCCAACAAGAGAUGACCGUGGAUGGCUCAUUAGCCCGAUAGGCCCCAAUCCCUGGUGGUCUGUGCUAGCAGCUAUCAUCCCAGCAUUACUCUGUACUAUACUGAUAUUUAUGGACCAACAAAUCACAGCACUUAUUGUGAACAGGAAAGAACAUAAACUUAAGAAAGGGUGUGGCUACCAUCUGGACCUUCUCAUGGUGGGCAUCAUGCUUGGUGUAUGUUCAGUGAUGGGGUUGCCUUGGUAUGUUGCUGCCACCGUCAUUUCCAUCAGUCACGUGAACAGUCUUAGACUUGAGUCUACUGUAGCAGCUCCUGGGGAGCAACCUAAAUUCCUGGGCAUAAUUGAACAAAGAGCAACUGGAGUGAUGAUCUUUGUACUAAUGGGCCUCUCAGUCUUCAUCACUAGUGUGUUAAAGUUUAUACCUAUGCCUGUUCUCUAUGGAGUGUUUUUAUAUAUGGGUGUUUCUUCUCUGAACGGAAUACAGUUUUUUGAUCGCCUGAAGCUAAUGGGAAUGCCCAGCAAGCAUCAGCCUGAUUUCAUUUACCUGCGACAUGUCCCGCUGAGGAAAGUGUAUCUCUUCACAAUGAUCCAACUGACCUGCCUGAUCAUUUUGUGGGUUGUCAAGGCAUCUCCUGCAGCCAUUAUCUUUCCCAUGAUGGUUUUAGCGCUGGUCUUUGUUCGGAAGGUCAUGGAUUUAUGCUUUUCAAAGCGGGAACUCAGCUGGCUGGAUGACCUCAUGCCAGAAAGCAAGAAGAAAACAUUAGAGGAUGCUAUCCAAAAUGCAAAACAAGAAGACGAAUCUCAGACGAUGAUGGAAGACCACACCUCAGCUUUAAUUGAAAUGUCUCCAAUGACUUCAAAUUACUUGGCAGUUCCAGGAAAUUCAAAAAAUGUACCAAAAAUUGACAUUAGGCCUGAUCCUGCAGAUAUUAACAUCUCAGAAGAAAUGCCUAAAACAACUGUGUGGAAGACUCUCACCAUGAACACAGAAAAACUCUGAAGUUAAAAGGAAUAGCUUGGCCGUUUGGGACUUGGCUUGGGACAGGGAGCUUGCAGCCCAUGAAGGUGACUCAGGGAAGAGCCAAGGUGUGCAGGCGAAGGAGAGAAAAUACUUUUGCAAUGGAAAAGGCGCAGACUAACUAACUGCCCUGAUACUUCCUUCAUACAAGUAACUGGGUUCAUAUUAAAGCCAUUGAGAAGUGAUUUGAUUAUCUUUUGUGUGCUUCAGUGGGCAUUCUAAUUAUCUUUUGACCAGCCAGGUAAUGAAAGUCUAGUAGUGUUAAAGACUCUCUUGUGUGCGCACACACAUGUGCAUAUUUGCUGUAUUACAGUUUCUAAGUAGUAGAGAUUGCUGCCACUUUUUUUUUUUUUUUUUUGCCUUCCGGUGUGUGUGUUCAACAAUUUCCACUUUGAAUGUACAGCAACAUUAUGCCACAACUAUUUUGAGUUUCUGUUUGGUUUUGGUUUAUUGGGUGCUACUUAGAGAUGUGGGUGUUGUUUGCAAAAUCCAAUAAUAAAAUGUAGCUGAGUUACCACACAAGCAAUUGAUAAAAGGUAACCCAAUAUUACAAAUAAGUGGGAGAAAUGUCUCUAUGUUUCCCCCCAUUUUUAUUUCAUAAUCAUGCUGCUUACAUUCUUUUUUGGUUCCUUGUUUAUAUGGCAGCCAAUCUUGUGAAGAGAUUUUAAGGAAAUGUGUAUGUUGCUUUAUUAAUGUGAUUUCAUAUUUAGGUGAAUUCAGCCAAGCCAUUGAUCUCAGCAGUGCAAAGGGGAGGAAAAGGUGAUUAAUAGAAGAGUUGUCAGUGUCACUGUUUGCACUGUUUUGAUGAUUACUAGUUGCCAAGGUAAUGUGUGGGCAAAAAUAAAAUAGAUUUUGGACCUCAAGGUGUGUACAAACUAAGAAGUAGUGUAGUAUGCUUAAGUGAAAUGCAAACAUCUACAGUAUUAUCUCUCUUCAUCCAUGUGAUAAAAUAUAUAUCUGGCCUUGGGAAUAGGAAGGGAUGAAUGAACUGUAAAGGGUGGUCAUUCACAAAAUAUUACCCAGAUGUGAGAAAUAAGGAAACAUGAGAAAGAAACUCAAAAUAACGCACAUAUACAAACUAAUUUUGCUCGUUAUAAGAUGUAGUACAAAGCAGCUCUGACAGUUUUCAAGAUUCUGUUCUUUUUCUCUAGAAUAAUAAAGAUAAUUUCAAGUGGUCCUCAGUCUCAUUUCCCAAAAAGUUCUAGUUAUAAUGACAUAAGACAAAUUAUUUGGCAAAAGUGAUUUCUCCCUUUCCACGCAGCCUGCUUGGUUGACAGGAAGAAGGGGAGAGAAAGAAGGAGAGAGAAGAUAUCAAGAAGUUAAAAACAAGAGAUUAGAGUUGGAGAGAAAAUAGAUGACUUUAAUCCCACAGAGACCUUGCUUCUUAUCCCAUCCACUAGCAUCAUGUGGGCUCCAUAGUUUAACCUCCCUCGAAAUAUGAUUGUGGACAGAAAAAGAGAUUGUUCAUUCCUGCCCUAUAGUCCACUCUAAACCAUUGCUUUUCCUUUGCUUGUUGUUGGUGGUGAUAGAAUAUUUAAUCUCACGUUUAUAGUACUCAAAACAGCUUACAAAAAGAAGGACCAAAAUGAUAGAUACAAAAGCACACUUUGCAUACAGUCCUAAGGAAAACUGCUUUAAAGUAACCCUGCUGAACCCCUGUUGUUUAAGAGUUCACUGUGUUUUAGAGUGUGAUCAUCAUGUUGAAAUGGGGAUUUAUGUUUUUGGAGAAUAAGAUACAUAUUUUGCAGAUUUUUUUAAAAGGACAGAUGCAUAUCUAUUUUUUUUACCAUACAACAAAUUGUACGCACUGUAGUACAGUUCCACUGAAGGCAAUGGACAAAGUUAAUGUGGAUAUUCUCUGCGUUAAAACAUUUCAACCUGAUGUGUUAAAGUUCAGUUCCCAAAAUUCUUAUCCAGUAUCCUGGCAUGUCACAAUGUUAAGGAAGAUUGCCCACACAUAGUCGCCCGGGAGUAAGUCAGUUAGAUUCAGCGUAUCAUUUCUGCGAAAGUGAAGCUAAAACUCAUUGUAAAUAUUGGACAGUUAAGUAUGCAGCAAAAAGUUUACUUUCUUUAUGCAUUUUAGCUCCAAUAAUUAAAAACUAAAGUGAAAAAAGCUGCAGGGAUGAGCAAUGUGAUUGGCAAUGAACCCCCCCCCCCCCGCAUUUCCUCUAAUAGCAUAAAUUGCUGCCUUUGUUAGGAACUGGGAGGUGCCAUUUCCUGCAGAGAAUUCUUACAUGUUCCACUUUGGUGUGCAGUCUUGAUGCAGCAAAAUGACUCUUCAUUGUGUCUUUUGUGAUUCAGUGAGGCUAGCAAGGAUUGUGAAAGCAAAGUUAUAUACACUUACAUCCCAGGCUUCCAUGUGGAUUGGUAUUUUUGGAAACCAAGCAGUCUCUGUGUUCCUUGUACUCUGUAUUGUAGAAGUGUUGGCCAAGUCAUCUUGUAAGCUCAUCUCUUUGGUAGUUCAUCUUUUAGGCUGCUUCACUAUGGGAAAUUUCAGAUUUCAAAUUCUUACAAUGUCACUGCCAAAUAUAGAAAAGAAUCAAGCAAUUGGUUCUUGCUGAUUGACGUGAGACAACAUUAUGACACGUGUUUCCAAUCUUUUGAAGCCAGUAGGCAUGUUUUAUCUUCAGAAAGCAUGUUUUGGGGGAAAUUCACAAAAUGGUCCAUAUGCAUGUGUGGUUAUUCACAUGACCACUGCAUGGAAAUGACAAACCCUUCCAUAAAAAAUCUGCAUCACGAAACAAAUUUUGAGGUUUUUUAAAUAAAAGCAUUUAAAUCGUGUCACAUAUUAAAAUAAAGAAGAUAAUAAUUAAAACAGUACUGAUUCUCCUGCUUACCUAAUCAUAAUUAUAGAGAAUAAUAAAAUAAUGGCAAUUUGAACAAAAUUAAGUGAGAACUAAACAAAUUUAAAACUUCAGGGGAUGAAUAACCUUGGGUUAUGCAGGUAUGAUGACUGAUGCUGCAUACCAUCUGCAAGUUUCCCAUAAAUUAGUUGCAGGUAGUUCUCGAUUUAUAACCAUUCGUUUAAUGACUGUUUGAAGUUACAAUGGCACUGAAAAAAGUGACUUAUGACCAUUUUUCACACUUACAACUGUUGCAGCAUCCCUGUGAUCACACAAUCAAAAUUCAGGUGUUUGGCAACUGGUUCACAUUUAUGGUGGUUGCAUUAUCCCAGGAUCGUAUGAUUAUCUUUUGUGACCUUCUGACAAGCAAAGACAGUGGGGAAGCCAAAUUGAUUUAACAACCAUGUUACUAAUUUAACAACUGCAGUGAUUAACAACUGUGGCAAGAAAGGUCAUAAAAUGGGGCAAAAGACACAUAACAAAAGUCUUGCUUAGCAACAGAAAUUUUGAGCUCAACUGCAGUCAUAAGUCAAGGACUAUUUGUAUAUAUGAAGAGACAGUAUUUUUCAAACGAUCAUUCCAGUGUCUUUCAGUAAGACCUUCAGUUUCUUUGAUCAAUUUCAUUGCUGAAAAAAGGAAGUCACGGAAAUUUGACCUUUGCAGCAGUGUCUCUCAUCACCACCCAAUUCUAAAACUCUUCAUGAGUUUAAUUUGGAUGGUGAUGAGAGACGCUGCCACUAAACACUGGUUUGUAUUAGUAUGAAUUUUCAUAGAGCAGUGGGAGAGAAGCAGUGCUAAAUAUAAAGGCAACAAAUUACAAAUGAAUAUACAUUAUUUUAUUCUGCCUAACUUAAUAUAAAAUAAAAAUUAUGACCAAUUUAUGGAUGAAACCCAUUUCAUUAUCAGAUACAGUAUAGUCAACCUGAUAAAACAGUUUCAGUCGUUGGAUGAUUUGAUGGAUAAUUUGAAAAAGAACCCAGUAGUACUUAAUCAGUUGGGAAGGAAAAGCAUCUUUCAAAAGGUUUAUUGAUCUGAGAAGACAACUCUACCCCACAUCUCCUAGACUCAGGUCUGGGUCUUAGUUGUGGCAAUGUAUUUUAUUUAAUAAUCGUAAAAGAAAAUGCUUAGCUUUGUGCCUAAAAGUUCUGAAAGACUCUUUGGAUAAGUUGGUAGACCUUGAGUAGGAAAUAGCAGAGCAAUACAUAUAGUCCUCACGAAUAAACCACUCAUUCAGCAAUCAUUCAAAACUAGAACAACAUUGAAAAAGGAUACUUGCAACUGGUCCUUGAAGUAGCAGCCAUGCAGUAUCCCUACAGUCAUGUGAUUGUGAUUCAAGCACUUGGCAACCAGCAAACAUUUAUGAUGAUUGCAGUAUCUGAUGGUCACAUUCUUGUCAUUUAUAACCUUCACAGCAGGCUUCAAUGGGGAAGCCAUUAGGAAGUGGCAACUCAUGAUAUGAUGUCAUGUUUAACGAUCCACAGUGCAUCUCUUAAUCACCACUAAAUUGGGCACGGUCACAUGACAUUUACUUUACAUCUGAUACCAAUAGAGUUGCCAAUCCCAACUGCAGUUGGUAAAUGAGGACCACUUGUAUUAGGGGCUAAGAGGAGAAGGCAGAACGCAGCAUCAUGAUAGAGUUCUGCAAGGUUAUAGCUAAGGCAGAAAAUACAUUAACAUUAAUGUGUGGAUUGUGGCAACUAUUGGUUAUUUACAGAGUACUGUUAUAUUAGUUGGUCAAGUAAAACACCAACUACCCUAUAUGCCGGCGUACAAGGCGACCCAGCGUAUAAGACGACCCCCAUCUUUAUCACCAAGCCGCAUUCCUAGAACGUCAUCUUAUACGCCGGAAACUACCAGUAUUUCCGGCGUAUAAGACGACUCGGCGUAUAAGACGACCCCCGUCUUUGGCGCCGAUUUUAGCGCUCGCGGAAGUCGCCUUAUACGCCGGCAUAUACAGUAUCUCAGUUAACACAUGGCUAGUUUCAUAUCACAGAGCUAGUUUGAUAUAAUAGAUAAAGUAUUAGGCUCGAAACCAGGAAUCUGAAUUCUAGUUCUGCCUAAGGCAGAAGCCAGCUGAGUGAUUUGGGGCCAGUCAUUUUCUCUCAGCCCUAGGAAGGAGGCACUGGCAAAUCAUUUCUGAAAAACCUUGCCAAGAAAAUUGCAGGGACCUGUCCAGGUGAUUUCAGAUAGGACUGAAUGGAAGAAAAAGACUCAUUCUGAACAAUCUGUUCUGGAAUAAUAUUGAAAGGUGCCACAGAUGGAUCUGUGGAGCUAUGCUUUAUUCCAGGUACUUGGCAUCAUUCUGAAUUAAAGCAUACUGUAAACCUCAAGACUGGAAAAGGUUCCCAGUAUUGAGAAAUAAGCCUAUUGUAUCUUUCGCUGACAUAAUCUAGAGAAGAUGCCCAAUAUCUAUUGAGGAAUAAAAUAUUUUUGGAAAAACAGGGGAAUAAAUAUUUGUUUUGUAAAUAGUACCCAGAUGGAUAGUUUUUCUAUCCAGAGGGUUGACAUCCAUUUGGAGUAGUGGGAGGAAGGAGGCUAAAGUUCUGAACAGGACAGGACAGGGAAGAUGACAGAUUGCAAGGUGGAAAAUUUACCUUUGUUGCCUCUGAAUGUCUAAUAGUUUACAUGACCACAGCAUAGUUUUUUUAAAAAAAUAUUCCAAUCUUCUGCAGAGUGGACCAGAAAAAUACAAAUAAAGACUAGCUGGAAGUAGUAAAUCCAUAUCAUUCAUUGGGGGCUAAGGGACUGUAGACUUUGUUCCAGUUUCUUCCAGAACAUUCAUGAGGUCUGCUCUUCAUCCAUUUUAGAUUAAUCUCCCACAAACUGGAAAUCCUAAGAUGAUGGAACUGCAAUUCCAACAGGCAGGGGGGUAAAUAGGGAAAGAUGAUAACACACUCUGGGUUCAGUUGUUCAAGCAUGUUGGCUAUUUUUGAAAAUUAUGAAGAAUUUCAUAAUCUUAACUGAAGAAGGAGGGGAAUGCAAGAAAAGGUGCUGGCACAUUUUUCUAGUGUUUUUUCUUCCUCCUAUGACAACUACAUGUAGAAAUAGAGAAACUAUUUUCUUUUUAGAUAUAAAAGAAAACAAUAUUUAUUUUGUUGUAAGAAAUGUAAUUUAAAAAAAACCCACCCCAUAUUGUAAAUAAAUGUAAUAAUGGGGAGAUGGAUUCUUAUUGGUUCUGUAGAAACCGAAAUACAUUUGCUAAAAUUUUGCUCAAAAUUGAGUUAUCUAAAUAAGUAUAGUUUUGUUGUUUUAUGGUUAAAAAAUCACUAAUUCUGCCUCAUACUUCGUGUCUGUACAAACUCUGUCAGUAAUGAUAAUACUCUGAUGAUUGAGAAUUGUACCCAUUGCUGAACUAUAUGUGAAACUUCAAUAUUAAAAUAUUAUUCUAAAUGUA